CUUUGACGGACGAUCUCUCCAUUCAUUUAUAUACGAAAAUAAAAUCAAGAUGAUGUUCACCAAGACCAUUGCUGCUAUCGCCUCUCUCGGUGCUCUGGCUUCUGCUCUUCCUGCUACCUUCGACCGCCGUGGUAACAGUGCUGCUGGCGGCGUCGAUAUCAUCAACAACAUGGAUAAGACCAUUUACCUGUGGUCAGUCAGUAAUACUGCUGACGCAGAAAUGAUCACUCUCCCUCCCGGGGGUCAAGGCUACUCGGAAGACUGGCGCCUUAACCCCGACGGUGGUGGUAUCUCUAUCAAAUUGUCCACCACCCCCGACCAAUCCGAUGUCUUGCAAUACGAAUACACUCUGGUCGAACCCACCAUCUACUGGGAUCUCUCCUGCAUCAACAUGGGCAGUGGCUCUACAUUCACUACUGCUGGUUUCGCUGUUACCUCCAAUGACUCUGGCAAUUGCCCUUCUGCUACUUGCAAGCCUGGCGACUCUGCCUGUGCGGAUGCUUAUCUCAUCCCUACCGACGAUCAUGCCACUCAUGGUUGCCCCGAUGCUGUCCACGGCAGCAUGCGGUAUCAGUCGUGUGCUCUUGAGUGUGAAGGCUGGCCAAAGAAGACUGCGAAGCAAAAAGCGAUAGAACGAAACGCAAAUUUACGGGACGAAUACUACCAUUACAUUUCAGAUUCCUGCUCAUAUCAUCUUGUUUACGUAGAUGAAUCUGGAUGUGAUAAAAGGAUAGGAUUUAGAAAGACUGGCUGGUCUCCUCUUGGCGUAGCGCCCUGUCAAGUAGCCAAAUUCCAUCGUGAUCAACGCUUCCAGAUUCUACCGGCCUAUGCUCAAGAUGGGGUUGUAUUAUCCCGGGUCUUUCAAGGCUCUACCGAUGCCCCUGUCUUUGAAGAUUUUAUCGAAGAGCUACUUCAUCAUUGUGGAAAAUGGCCAGAGCCGAAAUCUGUUCUUGUCAUGGAUAACGCCUCAUUUCACCACUCGGAGAAAAUUGAGCAAAUUUGCAUAAAAGCAGGAGUCAAAUUAGUAUAUUUGCCCCCAUACUCGCCCGAUUUGAAUCCGUUCGAAGAGCUCUUUGCGGGGCGAAAAGCCUUUAUCAAGCGGCAUUGGCAAGCCUACGAAGACAAUCCCAAGCAGGGAUUUGAUUCUUUCCUUGAGUGGUGCGUCGAAACUGUAGGGGCGAGGAAGCGAAGUGCAGAAGGGCAUUUCGGAAACGCCGGCUGGACAAUCGAGGAGCCGUGA